UUUAGAUUUCUCUGUGGGGUCGUCUGCACAGUCGCAUGAUGACAUCAUUUCCAAAGUCGCAAUCGCUCCGAGAGAAACAAAAGGGGGAUUUGAGAUUGGAUCCGUGAAGGUUGAAGAUGGUGUGAUAAUAAUGGACCCAUACGGGAGAAUCGAUUUAUCUGAUGCUAACGGAGUUUUUGGCCCUAACACCGUUGUGAAGAAUAGAUUCCGUAUGGAACCAGGAAGAACCAUACAUGCAAACAUUGAGGUAUGUCAAUCCGGUGAUGUGUGUUCCGUGGUUGCCUCAUCAAAACAGAUAGUCAUGAGAUCUUCAGAUAUAAUCAAGCCUGCUGACGAAGGAUGCGAACUUUCCAUUGACUUAUCAGAUGCAGUCGUAAGUAUUCACGCCUACGGUGCCCAGGCUGACAGGCUACUGGCGUGUGGAACUUUGAAUGAAAAUGAUGUACAAGAGGAGUAUAUCUCGGAUGGUUCGGUAGACUUUAAACCAUAUGUAGUGAAUCCAAGGACUACAAGUAAUAAAACAAACCGAUAUCUUAGGAAAAGAUUGGAAAAAUGGAGUGGUAUAAGUUUCUUUGUCAAUACGUUGGACGGCGAUUUAGAUGGGUUUUUAACUGUGGUUAUAUCAGCACCAAGCGUUGACUUUUCCACAAGCAGCCUUACUCUCAUAUUUUGGGACGCAGCAAAUUGUGAUGUACAAUACCCGAGGAUGGAAUCAUUACGUUUCACGUGUGUUCAGAUUAUGCUAUGUCCACUAAGAGACAUAAACGGGAAACAACAAGUUAUGGUGGUGAAACCCAGUUUGCCCUAAGUGAGGUCAGUGCUGCUUAUGUGAAUACGCGUCCACGUAUUACAUCAACCAAUCAAAUGAACAUAACAGAAGACGCGGAUCAGAUAUAUACAUUCAAAUUGGAAGCUGUGGACGAAGAGGGGGAUCCAUUUGUGUUCUUAAUAGACAACGCAAAGCCAAAUCCUGUUUUAGGAAUUGUUAAAAUUGAGCGAGAUGGAACUUUUAUCUACAAUGGAUUCCCGCAUCAUUACGGCUCAGAUUCGGUGCACUUUAUCGUCCAAGAGGAAAGAACAGAUACCGAACAGGUAUUAAAAACAUAUGGAACUAUCACUGUAAACAUUGAACAACAGAAUGACAACCCGAUUACUGCUAUAAUACAUGAUGGAGCCUACAAGGACCCAGUUCCAAACUAUGGUUUGGAGUUCACAAUGCAACAAUCAACGAGUCAAAUCGAAAGUCUGAAACUGAUUCUAUCAGCCCACGACUACGAUGUACACGAUAAUCUGAGAUUCUCGACAGUCAAUACAACUAAUGGCACCAUUGCAUUCUCAGAUCCAAUCACUAAUUUCACGUUCAAA